CGGGAGGGCAUGUGAAUCGUGGAGCUCCCAGCUCUUCUGCUCCUGUUUCCACCAGCUCCCUCCCUGAGGGGCUCAGCAGGCCAUGACACAAGCUGAAGCAGAAGGGUGACAACAAAUAUAACGAGAUCUUGGAGGCAUCUGAGGUUUAAUGAGGACUUUCCGGCAUUCCAGACCGCUGCCCUGCAAUGAAGCUCUGAGUCACGGUCCUUGAGUCUAAGGAGUUGGCAACAGUGUGGAACCCCAGGACAGCCAACCUGACAAACCUUCACUCCGAGCAGAAUCCCAAAAUGAUUCUGGCCUGAAAUCAGAGCAAGCCUACAGAAAAACUUGCUCCUUAAUGGAAACAGGAAAGGAGAGAAGGGUUUGCAACAAAUUGCAACAGAGUUUCCACCAUUCCAAAGAGCCCACCUUCCUUAUCAAACAGGCCAUUCUACAUGAUGACUCCCGUUCUAGCCUUUUGCCGGACACAGAGCAUGUUAGUCUUGCUAGAAAAAUAAGGAUAGGACCUCAGAAAACGAGACCCGGAACGGUGAUGCUCUCAAAACAGUCCAGUAGGAGAAUUAUGUCAGGAAGUCAGCCCAGCCCCCCCGUGAUCCCCUCCCGCAGGCCUGGAUUCCGGGUGUGCUAUAUCUGUGGCCGAGAAUUUGGGUCCCAGUCAAUUGCCAUUCAUGAACCCCAGUGCUUGGAGAAGUGGCGGGUUGAAAACAGCAAGUUGCCCAAGCGCCUGAGGAGGCCAGAACCCUCCAAGCCACAGCCUCUCAGGGGCAGUGGGUCCUCCAAUCUGCAGGCAGUGAACGAGGCAGCGCUCCAGAGUUCCCGGUCUCAGCUGCUGCCCUGCGAUGCCUGUGGCCGCACAUUCUUACCGGAUCGGCUACCUGUUCACCAGAGAAGCUGCAAGCCCAAGGGCGAAGGGCCCAGAGCACCAACCCCCAACAGUUCUGACGGUUGUACUGGUCCCAGGAAGGCUGCUGGGGGCAUCCCAGCCCGACCAAAGACUCUCAUCUGCUACAUUUGUGGUAGGGAGUUUGGCACUCUGUCCCUUCCCAUUCAUGAGCCCAAAUGCCUGGAAAAGUGGAAAAUAGAAAAUGACCGGCUCCCCAGGGAGCUCCGCCGACCACUCCCACAGAGGCCUCAGCCACUUCCCACUGGGCAGUCCAACCAAGAGGGGCCAAGUCAAGCUCAGCGGGAGCCCUGUCCAAACUGCGGCCGGACCUUUGCCCCAGACCGCCUUCUGGUACACCAGAGAAGCUGUAAAGCUCAACCUCGUGGGCCAAAAAUUCAGAAUUUGACCUUAGGGAGUAAAGGUGACCUAAAAGAGUCCACUAAUUCCAAGCAGCAAAGGAACAUGGCAGCACCCAUGGUGACUGAUAAGCCAACAAUGAUAAGGCGUCCACCAACAGUUAUCUGCUACAUUUGUGGUCGUGAAUAUGGAACAAAAUCUAUUGCCAUCCAUGAACCACAAUGUCUGAAAAAGUGGCAUAAUGAAAACAACUUGUUACCUAAAGAGUUAAGGAGAUCAGAACCUAAAAAACCAGAAGUCAGGACCAUUACAGCCAAAGGCUUCUAUGAUCUCGAUGCCUUAAAUGAAGCUGCUUGGACCAGCGCCCUGAGCCAGCUGGUUCCCUGUAAUAUUUGUGGGCGUACCUUCCUGCCAGACAGACUGAUUGUUCACCAACGAUCCUGUAAACCAAAAGCCGCCAAGUAAAGCCCUCUCCCAGCACAA